AUGCCCAAUCCCCUCUCCCUAUCUAGUACAGCCAUGUCCGACCUCGAUAUGAACCCAUCACCGACUGGAUCACGCAGAUUAAAUCAUGGAAGGGUAUUACACCCCUUGAACUGGAACACCCGUCAAAUCCAAGGGCUCCGGACAGAGGUGGUGGAUUAUUCUGAUUAUGUUAGCUCAGUGCGUGGUGAACCCAUGGCAGAUCGAUCGGAGUCUCUGCUUGAUGAUCAGGUACUUCAGAAGGAUAUCGAUUACCUAUGGCAUUGGGCCAAGGAAAACAAUAGGGAAGAAAUGGAGGAUCAUCUGGAUGAAGCCUUCAAGAACUUUAUCAAGAUCAUUGAGUCCCAGUUGAAACAGAAAAUCUUCAUUUGCUAUACAAAUAGAAGUGCCCGUGAAGGAGAUAUCCCUUUUAUCAACCUCCUCAUGGGAGGCAAAGCACAAAUCCUAAAUCCGCAAAUCUUAAUUUCCACCGAGAAAAUACCUUUCCUUAUUUACAACAGUUUGCUUUACAACACAGACCUGCGUGGGAGGUUUAGGGAUAUUUCUAGGAAUAUCAAAGAAAUAAAUGAUCGGAAGGAUCCAAGGAAGUGGGGGGCCAUCGAUGGCUACAACCUCGCCUGUCUCAUCGCUCUAGCCCAAGUGCAGGAGGGACAGGUGAUUAAGGCUGCGCGUGCACAUGGUCUUUCUUUGGACAUCCGUCAAGAGUAUAAAGUUCAUUUAGUCACCCCUGCCACACCACAAGUCGGUCUUUUCCUAUUCAGUGCCACCAUCAGCUCAAGAAAAGAGUUUUUUGAUCUUUCCCCUGCAAGAAUUCAAGAGAAGCGGCAGAAUCUGGUUUCCAGACUUGCGGGUAUUGUGGAAGCCGCGUAUAUGAAUCAUGAAAUUCUUGGCCUCUUGCGUAAUUCAAGCAACACGGUCGCCCAAGGAACACCUGUCCCGACAUCUCAGCGACGCCCCGACGGAAUUCUCAAAUACAAUCAUGCGGGAGGGACUGAAUCUGCCAAUCAGGUACGGAAGAAGAAUAAGGUUGCGUUCCCGCCUGGAGUGAAGUCGGGAUAA